CAUUCGAGAGAUUGGAUGUUGUCGUUGAUGUGAACGCGGGGUUGUCUGCAGUGGAGGUUGCACGCACAGCCAGCAGGAGCAGAGAAGGAAUUAGACUUGUUUGUGUUCGGCGGUGGGUUGGGAGAAAAUGAAUGAAACAGCCGCCGACAUUUAGAGCGCGGCUCCGGCUGUGCUUCCGGCCUCCCUCCGUGUGUGUGUGUUUUUAACCGUUUCAAAUAAAUUGACUACAAGUUAGAUAAAUCAAUAUACAACAUUACAGCACCAGACGCACAAUAUGCAUGGGUUGUCAGGACUACAAUACAGUACUAAUAUUAUCAAUGUUACCUAUUGGAUGACUGUAGGAUUUCUAGAGAGCUUAAACUUUUAAUAACGCCCUUCCGUUCAGACGUCGCGUUUUUUUGUACUUCAGACUCUGAGGUGGCAAGCCUGAUGAGUGAUGAUGCAAGCUUUUACACUACUUAUAGUGACCCCCUAUUAUUAUUAUUAUUAUUAUUAUUAUUAUUAUUAUUAUUAUUAUUAUUAUUAUUAUUAUUAUUAUCUUACACCGAUACAGGGACAAAGGUAAGAUGGGAAUUUUGCCUAGAAAACGACGGCCAUAAAUUCAAUAUUCUCAAUGAAAGUUGUUUCACUAAUGGAACUAGCGGGUAUGUUUGUUGAAAUGAGCGGGUCUAUUGUUGUCACAUUGCUAUUUAUGUACCAAAUCCGUUGUAGGUCCACUUGUACAAUUUGGAUAAUUUAAAUUGAUUUUCUUCAUUGCAUCCAUCUUAAUGCGAAUACCAUCUUUACACAACUUCAGCAUGUCGUUCACCGUCAUGAGACGUGAUACAUCAUAAAACCACGAUUUAAUAUGGCGCUCGCAUUGGAAAAACACAUGCAAAGUAGCAUGAAAAAACAUUUAAAUUUACAAAACUACAAAAGCGGACCUGCAUCGAUUCGAUACACACGGAAAUAAAAUAACGCGUUACGUGGCAAUAUAUACUAGACUAGUUAAUUCCUGCAACUGCUAACACUUCCAUAAUAAAUAUUUAAUUGUACGGCUGUCAAUAUCCGUUUCGUUUCUACUAGACAGUCCCCUCACCCCUGUCCUUUAAAUGCUCUGAAACCGCGUCUUGAAAAACGACGCUGUACCUUUAAGACGCCGGUCCACAGUGUCGGUGGGAGGGGCCGGGCUGUGCCUCGCUGAGUGCGGGGAUUCCUUGUAUAAACAACCGUCUUCACUCAGACUCGACUGCGGAGCGCGGAGAACGAGAGCGGCUCCCUCAGCGGAUCGGUCUGCCAGCCACUGCGCCUUACAUUCUGUUUACUGGGUUUCUACGGAAGACAAAAACACACGGACACCCGAAACAAUAAGGAUUUCUUACGUUUUAGAAGAAGCAGCGCGUUUCCCCCCGCUCUCGUUGAAGCAGGUGAAUCUCCACUUCAUAAAAGAAGGAAAAGGAAAAAAACGAAUCUGUGGGCUUGUGGAAGCGCGCAGACCCUUGGAGCAGAUCCCAUCUCCGUGGAUUCAGUUUGGAGGGAUCCUUCUGAGACUCCCUGGGAGCUGGAACACGUUAAUCACACAGCAUCAUGUGCUGAGGAUUAUCAGUCUGCCCCACUGCAAUGCCCCACUGCAUUCAUUCCUGCAGAAAAAUAAUAUAUAUAAAAUAAAAAAUAUGACAGUUGGAUAGUCCACCACGAGUGUGUGCAGUGGAUUGCUCUACACUAGGAAAUACAUUCUUCUAUUUUGUGACUUUAACCAAUUUUUUGUAUUGUUAUUUAAAUCGAGGUGAGGGAUCAUAUUGGAGAAUCCUGCUGUUGAACAUGACUCAUGGGGAAGAGCCUGGCUCUGAGAUGCACCAGGAUUCCGUUGUUUUAACUUACCUUGAAGGUUUACUAAUGCAUCAGGUAGCCGGGGGGUCAGGUGCCGCAGCUACCAGACGGUCAGAAGCUGGGCACAGCGACCAGGACCACAACAACAAGCCCGCCACAAGCUAUCUUCUGCCGAGCCAUGGCUCCUGUCAGGAGGAAAGGCGCACAGGUCCCAGAAGCGGCACGCAACACUUCAAGAAAGCCAGACUGCUGCAGUCCUCCGAAGCCUGGAGUGCACCCGAGAGGCAAAGGCUGCCCGAUCCCACUGUAGAUCUGAACGGACAAAGCAGGGACCUGUUAACGGGAGCUCUGGGCGACUCUCCUAAAUGCAAUCAGGAAAGCACUUUGCUCGCCUCCCUGCUCCAGUCGUUCAGCUCAAGGCUGCAGAGCGUGGCGCUGUCCCAACAGAUCAUGCAGAGCCUGCAGCAUCAGGGGUAUCCUCGGAGUGACGAGAGUGCCCCGGAUGAAGAGGAGGCCCUCGGCUGCUACGGAAUUGCAUCCAGCCGCUUGAAGGGCUUGAUGAAGAGGAAGAACAAAGUGCCGAGCCGGAGCAGCGUGCCUUACCGGCGGAGAAACAGUCAGGAGAGGGCUUCCGAAUCCCCUCAAGCGGCGCCGCCAGCUUCUGAGCCUCUGUCCUGUGCAGCGAGGCUGAAGGCAGUGGCCAGCCUGGUCGAGCACAGGUCCAGCCCUGUCGCUUCCCCGAAACCCAGCGUCGCCUGCAGCCAGCUGGCAUUGCUGCUCUCCAGCGAAGCCCACCUGCAGCAGUAUUCCCGGGAGCAAGCCCUAAAAUCCAAACUAGCUGUGCGGUCAGCCAGCGAGAGGCUUGCUGCCAUUGCCAGUCAGAAGCUGCAGGACAACACGCAGACACACGGAGGCCAGCCCCAGCUGUCCAAGGAGCCGACAAGCCCUUUAAAUGGUCAGUGCGGUCCAUUCCUCAAAAGUGCCGAUUCGAGCAAACACAAUCCUACACCCAUUCCAGGACACAGCAGCUCCCCGAGGAACCCCAGUUCUUUGAGAGACAGAGGCGCCUUUGUGAAGCCCAGCCCCAGAGCAUCGCCAUACUGCAGCAGCUUGCUUUUGCACCUUUUGAAUAACCACAACACGCAGAAGCAAGUUAAUGGCCAUCGUCUGAUGGAGGGGAGUUACCACGCCUUUUCAAACCACAGCUCACCGGCGCCGCGAUCCUCCGGAGAAUACUCAAAUCACGACAACAGUCUGACCGAAGACAGCAGUGAUGCGGAAAGCUUUCAUUCACGCUGCUCCCCGAUAGACCUUUCCUUGAGAGCCCGGACAAGCCGUCCGAGCUUCGGUUCAGCAGGAUCCUUGGAGACGUUGACCGAGUCCCUGAUAAGCAACUGGAACCCAGAGACCCCUCGGCUUCCUACCCCGGAGACCAGACCUCGAGAAAACUGUUCAGUUACAAAACCUUAUCAGAAAGUGACUCUUCUGCAGUUGCUCCUGGAUCAUAAAAACAGUGAAAAGACGGACAUGGGUUCAGAUAAGCGAGAGCUGCAGAAUGGUUUCAGCCCUGAGCAUCGCGGCGCACCGACUGGGAGAGUGACUCCAGUCAGAAGGUGCGAGGAGUCGAUGAAAAGAAACUCCCCAGAUGCUCUGAGUUUUGGGAAAGUUGAAAGCUUGCCUAAAUUCCGUCAUUCUCAAGAAGCUGUUGUUGCUUCAUCUCCGUCUGCAUCUCCGUACAGCUUGAGACCACCUUCCAGGAUGCAGGUGAUCCCAACACUGACUCCUCUAUUGGAUCUGAGGAAGAGCAGUAAUGAUAAUACUAGCGCCGGCAGAGCAGGAGCAUCCCCUCAUGAGGCCGCAGAAGAAGCAUCAUUUAGUGCUAGCAAGUUGUUGCAAAACUUAGCUCAAUGCGGAUUACAAAACUCAGCCCAGUCUCCUCCUUCACUGCCUUCAGUGCUUGCCAGUAAAAGGCAGACAUUCGAAGUGAAAGCGGACAAGCCAGUGGCUUUGCUGGAAAGGCUCAGUGCUCCUGUUGCAAGGAAUACAAGCUCUGCUUUAGAAGAAGCCAGCAUGAAUAUGAGAGAGCCAGCUUCUCUGGCAGAAUCCUGUGUAGCUUCUGGUUCAGAAAUAGAGAACCUGCUGGAAAGACGCUCCGUCCUGCAGCUUCUCAUGGGAACGGGCGACAGCAAAGAAAAGACUCGGUUUACACGUAAAAGAUCCACAAGCAAGGUGGGCUUAUCAGAGAGGCAGCCCGGCCAAUCUUACAGCAGCGGAGGCUUAAUCGAACCCGUGCUGGAGGUGAAAAUAAAGACUGAACCCAAAGAGGAGACCUGCACGUCCGAGUAUGAAUGUGAAGCAGAUACAAGCCAGUCUGAAGAAAGAGGUGAAAAACACCACAGCCCUGUCCCUCUCCAGGUCUCUGCUUCACCCAGAGACAUGAAGCAGGAACCUGGCACUAUAGCUCAGGAACCUGUCCCUCGAGACGGCCUAUUGAGCCAGCUGUUGAAACAGCCGCCCAGUGCUUAUCAUGCAAAUAAACACACUGAUGGGAAUGUGAACAGUCUGAAAGAAACGCAAACGCUGAAUCAAGGAACAGUCGUCCCCAAAAAGAGAAAACUCUUCCUUGCUUCUGAAGAGCGCUUUCUCAGCCCGGUCCGAAUGGAGAUUUCCAAUGAGCAGCACACCUCCUCGACGGAGCCCCUCUGCAGGUCCUCGGAGACGUGGCUCUCCCGCCACGCUGGGACCCAGGUGGAGGCUGAGGCUGUCGGUCAUGUUGGGUGUUCAGCCAGCGAGUCUCCUGGGUGUGCUAAAGACGGUAAAGACUUCAACGUGCUGAAGCAGUUGCUCCUUUCCGAUAACUGCCUGAAAGAUUUGUCCCAGCAGAGAGGUACAGCCAGCCCGUCGGUUCUGCAGAAUGACUGCAAGCCUAACGGAAGAUUGAAAUACAGUCCCGAAACCAGCAGCUUUCAGCGUAAUCUCAGCCCGCCAGCAUCGGGCCCUCUAGACCUCAAGAUCUCCCAGCAUGCAUCUGUCGGAAGCAGCCCGAGUGGCUCUCCUUGGGGGGGCCAUGUGGCAAGACAAGAAUCGCCACAACUGAACCUCGUCCCUGUCAAUAGUGAGGCGGAGGGCCCUAUUAGAUGGGUAAUCCGGGGGGAUGAGAAGUGCGACGCGAACAAAGAUUACCCCAGACUGACCAGGUCAAACCCCAUACUUUACUACAUGCUCCAGAAAGGCAACUCCAGCCUCAGCAAAGAGGGAAAGCAAAGGAGAGCUCAGGUAGUCAGCCCGCCUGAGCCGGUACAGUAUGGACUGCAGGUUCAAAUUAAACAGGAGCCCACAUCUGAAGAGGAAGCUUACAACCACGGAAUGAACCUGAAACGCUACGCGCAGUCCAGGCUGCGUAAAAAUCACAACGGAGGACCGAGUGAUAUAUUGGAAAAAGUGCCGGCAAUCAAGACCGAGCCUGACUAAUGUUAGAGACAAGCCAGCAGACGAACUCGGAGAGCAAGUGGCGUGUCAAGCAGAGCACUAGUGAUUUCCAAUCUGCUGUGUGUGUGUGUGUGUGUGUGUGUGUGUAUAUAUUUUGUAUUAUUGUACAUGUGAUACUGGUAUGCCUUGAUGUUUUGAAUUUGGAGAGUAAGAAAAGCAGCCUGAAGGGAGGUGCUCGGAUCCUACAUCCAUGUUGGUAAAGCAUGUAGUGCGCAUCCUGCACCCCAGUCCUAUGCAUCGCCACCCUGCCUAAUGCUUUAUAAAUAUUCUUUUUUCUUUUUUUUUUUUUUAUAUAUCUAUAUAAAGUGAAUCCAACUGUAAAUGAAAUGUAAUGGUGGGAGCAGUCCGAGUACAUCAUCCACCCCAUAUAAAAGCUUACCACAGUAAAAGCAUAGCACAGUGAAAGCAUGGUCAAGCCUACGUAAGCAUUGUAAACAAUAGCGAGGUAUGGUAAAGCAUAUUCAUACACAUUUCAAACCAGGGUAAACUAUGGGAAACGCAUAGUGUAACCAAUGGGAAAAGCAUGCGAAAACUGCAAAAAUACCUUGGUAAACUUUUCUAAGGGCCGCUGGAUUUCAGCAGCAUUCAGAUGUAAAUCUCUGUUCUAAUCCACAGCCUCCAGUAGUUCCAGGCUCGUCGUGGGAAGGUUGCUCGGUUUGUCUGCUUGUUUCAUGGGCACUUAUUGAUUGCUCAUUGCUAUCGCCGCUCAGAUAUAUUGUUCUCUUACUUCCAGUUUAAACGUAUGUUUUUAGUGAAGCAUCUUUUAAUGGUUUGGUAAUGACGGCAGACCGCUGAUCUGUGUGCAUGGUAAACCUGUUUUGGAAGGUCUGUGUUUUAGUACAUCUUUUGGUUCAUCUAUGCAUCUUCCCUGCCAGAGCUCCCUGUGUUUGAGCUUUCUGAUUCUGUUAAUUCUCCCGAGAAACCAACGUAAUACCUGGGUGCAUAUUUAAAGACAGUAUUCCCCUCUGAAAGGAUGGGGCCCUUACCAGCGGUUCUGCUUGUUGCCUCUUCUGAUAUCACUGUACUGUCCAUGCUAAUCCGUAGACUAUCCUUCUUACUGAACUUGAGAGGUAACAUGCCGUUAAGACCAAGCAGAAACAUACCUACCCUCGUAGGUUUGAUCACAGAACAUGCUGAUUGUGUUAGUCAUGAGACUGGCUAGGUGUUUCUGAGUUUUAAAAGCAUGUCUAUACUGUGAAGAGGUGUUUUUUUUAUUUUAUUUAACGUUGUAUAAAAAGUUUUAUAAUUAUUAUUUUUAUUAUUUUGUUAUUUUAAGGUUUUGGUUGUGUGUGUUUUUUCUCUUCUUUUGAAAGAAACACAUCGCAUGUGGAACUGUGUUGUGUAAUUCAGACCCUCCAGAAUGUAAAAAACAAACCCUAACACUGAAAUUGAACUGUUGCUAUCAACAAAGAAGAAUUUCAGAUAAAUGAAGGUCAGCUUUUUAUUUAUUUUUUGGAUGUUGCUUGUUGGCUAGAGACUGCAUGAGCAAUGUCAAGCUGACCCAGACUUUUAUUAAACAACCCUCUGUUACCUAAAGUGAAAAUCUGACUAGAAAAAAGAGGAUUUCAUUCAAAUAAAUGAAAUGGGCCAUUCUGUAUGCAGUUGGUGAUACUGUUGUGUGUUUUUUUCACCGGAUUGGUUUUGGUAAAUAUUAUACUGGUAUUAUUUAUUCGGCUAUUUUUAUUUAUUCAAUAAAAAUAAAUAAAAAAAGAACUGGAGGGUCUGAUUUGGUACUGUUUAUCACACACAGCUUUAAGUCUUAAGUAUGAAAUAUUUUAACUUGUUUUUAGUAGUUCAGUCAUAUCGAGUGAUGUGUAUAUAUGUGUUUAUUUUUUUUUUUAUUAUUAAGAAACUAUUUGUGUAAAUAGUACUUUCAUUAUGAAAGAUGGCUAUUUUGUAUUGUUCAAAGAAAAAAAAAAGUACUAGUUUUAAAACUCCUGACGGUAAUGUAAAUUCUGUGUAAAAUUGUACAUAACGAGCCUGGGGUGAACCUGUUUCUUUUGCAUGUGUCUGUAUGUGGUAAGCUUAUGAUAAUCUCUAUGUGUGAUGCUCUGCAUUGCAGCCUGUUGCAUGCAAAAGCAUGUGGGGAGGGACCAGGACCCUGAGCAUUAAAGCUGGAUGUUGGGGGGGGGGGGGGGGGUGGAAAGUCUUAAUCAUGACUUCUGAUGUGAUCAGUAGUAAUGUACUGUAUGUAUGUAUACCUGUAUAUAGAGCAGAGCAAAGAGCUGUAAAAUAGCAACAUUAUGAUUACAAUUGCAGAUCGCUAUCAAGAUGUUAUGUCGCCGUUCCAGGUCACAUGCUGCAGCAUUACUUCUUUUUUUUUUUUUUCUUAAAUAAUGAUUAUUAUUUUCUUUUAGUUUUUGGUGUUUACUUGCACAGACUUUAAAUAAAGUACUAAAACGCACUAUUUGCAUAA